UAUAUAUGCACAUCUUUUGAUUUUUAGAGGCUCUCUCCUCUUGUGAAGGGCAAAUAGAUGACAAUGAGGCUCUCUUUGUUAGUCUCAUUGGCUUUCUUCGCCCUCUAUGGCGUUAUUGUUGUGCAGUCAAGCUCGCCCGAAGAUUGGUUUGAUUGGGUUGUCUCGUAUGGAACUAUUUCUCCAUUUGGAGUACCAAAGAAGGUGAUAAUGAUCAACAAUGAGUUCCCGGGACCUCUUAUUAACUCGACAACGAACAAUGUUGUUCAUGUCAAUGUUCAUAACAACCUUGACGAGCCUUUCCUCUUUACAUGGAACGGAGUGCAGAUGAGGAGGAACUCGUGGAACGAUGGAGUGCAAGGAACAAACUGUCCAAUAAUGCCCGGCAAAAAUUGGACGUACUAUUUUCAGAUGAAGGAUCAGAUCGGCAGCUUCUUCUACUACCCAAGCGUCAACUUUCAGAGGGCAGCCGGAGGAUAUGGCCCGAUACGCAUCAAUAACCGUGAUGUUAUACCGAUACCUUUUCCUUUUCCUCGGGACGACUUUGACAUCUUGAUAUCAGAUUGGUUCGAUAAAGACUAUCAGGAGAUGAGGAAUGAUCUCGAUGCAGGGAAUACAGUGCUUCCAUCCCCGGAUGGAGUUCUUAUAAACGGCAAGCCGUCCAAGAGCCUGCAUUUUAAUUUUGAACCAGGAAAAACCUACAGGCUAAGGAUCAGCAACGUAGGAGUGAAAACGACACUCAGCUUCAGAAUCCAAGGUCAUGAUCUCAUCCUAAUAGAAACAGAAGGCUCCUACACCCUGAAGAAGAACUACACGUCCCUCGACAUCCACCCCGGCCAGAGCUACUCUGUUCUGGUCACCGCGGACGUCCCAGGGACUUUCUCCUACAACAUGAUCGCCUGCACUCGCUUCGUCUCGCCCGUGCUCUGCACACUCGCCACUGUCGACUACACUGGCUCGAAUGGGUUGUCUCCUUAUACGUUCAAGCUCCCUCAUGGCCCUCGGUCCAGGGAUUUUAAUGUAUCCAUGCAACAAGCUCAGUCAAUAAGGUGGGACUUAGAUGUGGGAGCAGCGCGUCCAAACCCACAGGGAUCCUACCACUACGGCCAGAUCAAUGUCACACGCACAAUCGUCCUCCAGAACGAAAUGGCCGUGAUCGAUAACCACACUCGAUACACAGUCAACGGCAUCUCAUUUGUUUACUCUAACACACCUCUCAAGCUAGCAGAUUACUUUAGAGUCCCCAACGUAUUCUUCACGAACCUGACGAAGGAUAGACCCGAUGGGCAAACCCUGAUGAUUAGUACACCGGUCAUUGAUGCUCUUUACCGCGAUUUCAUCCAAAUUGUCUUCCAAAACAAGGAAGAUACGGUUCAAACUUGGCAUGUUGAUGGUUAUAACUUCUUCGUUGUUGGUAUGGGAUUUGGUGAAUGGGAUGAAUCUAAGCGUUCCGAGUACAACUUAAAGGAUGCAGUCUGGCGAACCAAUACUCAGGUGUAUCCAAAUGGAUGGACGGCGGUCUGGAUAUCAUUGGACAACAUGGGAAUGUGGAGUAUAAGAUCGAUGAACGAGGAGAGGAGGUAUUUAGGGCAAGAAGUGUACAUUAGAGUCAGAGGAGAAGAUCCCAUGAGGCUCCCUGACCCUCGCGAUGAAAUGCCGAUACCUAAUGAUCUUCCAUUAUGUGGAAGGGCUCUUCCUCUAUGGUAUCAUGUUUGAGCUCUUCAAAAGCAUUACAAAUUCCUUUGAUUUCUAGAUUUCUAGAUUCCUCUAUGGUAUCAUGUUUGAUCUCAUUCUUGUGCUAGUAUGUCAUUUUAGGUUAGUCUUGUACGAGUAUUGUAUCAGUUUAAAGCCAAGGGUUCAAAAUGUAAUCUCUUGCAAUAAUGUCUUAUUCUUGUUUUUCUUGGAUUCUGGAUAAUGUAUGAUUGUUAGUCAGCAUAUCACAAUUGAACUAUCAUAUUAUAAUCUUAAAGGUAAAAGUUCUGAUGAAAGCAGGGCUAUAUCUAAUUUUUAGUCAGUGUAUUGCAAGUGAACUCUAUUAUAUACGAGGGACUCUUGUGAUCGUGAUACGAUUAGAAUGAGAAUCUUAAAGCAUUUCGCAAUUCCAUUAUAUGAAAAUUCUAAAGUCAUGCUGAAAAUUAUUGAUUAUAGUUUUAUACUCGAGUAUGCCUUACACGUCGAGAAUCCUUAUAGGUGGAAAUCCGAGCUAUUUUAUUCAAUGUUGCCUACAAAUAUGUCUUCGUUGAAAUUUGAACAUGAGUUUUUGGUAUCAUCUCAAUUGCCUCUUCUAGCAUAUCGAAACUUCAAAAUGGAAUUUGAGUUACAUGUACACAAAAGAUAUUAAGUGCUACACUACAACUUACUUUUCUAUAAGAUCCUCAUAUGUUGGUUUUAAAAAUAACGAAGAAAGCAAGUAAUGCAGCGUAGGGCUUAUCACUGCAUCUGGGUGAAAUAUGCUUGUGUACUUACAACAGACUUUAUUGUUUAAGGUGUUCCAUAUAAAUUUGGUGUUAUCAUAAUUUCAUUUAGUAUGCUACCCCUCCAAGAUAUCUCUAGAUUGAGAACUGGGUAAUUUCAGUCAUUUGAAACAAAAUAUAUCUUCGGUUAAUUCUUGAAAC